AUGUAUUGCUUGAGAAGAAAACGACUUCAGUUGAGGCGAGUCAUAUUUCUCCUGGCCGGGGUCUUCAUCUGCAUCGUGUACCAGCUGUCCAUCAACGUGGGACGAAAUGAAACGUCGCCUUCACCGCAGAUUGGAGAUGCUUUCACAGAGGGCUCGGCUGGAUGGGUGGAAGAUGUUACAGCCGAAAGUCAGGAGAAAUCAAGAAACCAAACCACAAUUGCGACCCCUUUGAACUCAACUGCCGAUGUCAACGCUGCCACUCCAACUCCUCCGCCAUCCACCACCAACAGGACUUUAGUGCAUUGCAUCUGUGUCCCUCCCAAGGAGGACGCCCCCAUAACUCCAUCCUCUCCUGGUGAUGCUCCUCACAUCAAGGGCGAGUACCCCAAGGAUAUAUUUUCAGUGGAGGACCGCAGACGAGGUUGGGUUUUCAUGCACAUCUUUGGCAUGAUGUACAUGUUUGUGUCACUCGCGAUUGUUUGCGAUGAAUUCUUUGUCCCCGCACUGGGAGUCAUCAUAGACAAGUUGGAAAUAUCAGACGACGUGGCGGGAGCGACUUUCAUGGCGGCUGGAGGAUCUGCCCCAGAACUUUUCACCUCUUUGAUCGGGGUCUUCAUAGCCCACAGCAACGUGGGCAUAGGGACUAUUGUCGGUUCUGCGGUUUUCAACAUUCUCUUCGUGAUCGGGAUGUGCGCUUUGUUUUCCCGGGAGGUUCUUCAUCUCACUUGGUGGCCUCUCUUCAGAGAUGUUUCCUUCUACAUUGUAGACCUCAUCUUGCUCAUUAUAUUCUUCCUGGACAAUGUCAUCAUGUGGUGGGAGAGUGUGAUGCUGCUAACCACCUACUCCCUCUACGUGAUCUUCAUGAAGUUUAACGCCCAAAUAGAACACGUGGUGAAGAUGCAGCUUUACAAACACAAAAGCAUCGUCAGAAUUAUUACUGAUGAGGAGACAGAAACCACAACAACUGGGGACAGUCAAGAUAUUGCCCCUCGUUCUCCAGAAGACAAAAACCGAUUGAAGUUGAAGCCAUCUCUUCAACGCGGUGGAAGUUCAGCAUCUUUGCACAACAGCACCAUGAGGAAUACAAUUUUCCAACUCAUGAUCCACACGUUGGACCCCCUAGGAGAAGGGAAAUUCAAGGACAAGGCUGAGAGUCUGAAUAAUGUAGUGAGACGAAAGGCUGAAGGUGAAAUUGCAGCAAAGAGUGAAGAUGGAGAAAACGGGCAGAUGCAAGCCAAAGAGGACAAAGCUGCUCCUGCGGGGGAAAGUGAGAAUAAAGAACCACUUGAAGACAAGAAGGUACAUCCCACUGAGCAUGUCAAAAAGCCCAGAAGUCAAUCUUUGAUACCUUUCUAUGAGGACCAACCUCCGGGAUCAGACAGUUCAGAUGGGUCAGGCAGUGAUGAAGAUGACAGUGAUGAAGAUGACAGCGAUGAAGAUGACUCCAGUGAAGAUGAGGAUGAUGAUGAGGAGCCUCUUUCUUUAGAGUGGCCUGAAACGUCACGCAAACAAGUCACUUACCUCUUCCUGCUGCCCAUCGUCUUCCCUCUGUGGCUCACUGUCCCCGACGUCCGUAAACAGAAAUCCAGGAAAUUUUUUGUGGUCACCUUCCUGGGCUCCAUUCUGUGGAUCGCUAUUUUCUCUUACCUCAUGGUGUGGUGGGCCCAUCAGGUGGGUGAGACUAUCGGCAUCUCCGAGGAGAUUAUGGGCCUGACUAUUCUGGCUGCAGGGACGUCCAUCCCUGACCUCAUAACCAGCGUGAUUGUGGCCCGUAAAGGACUUGGCGACAUGGCUGUGUCCAGCUCAGUGGGCAGCAAUAUUUUUGACAUUACAGUGGGUCUGCCGCUGCCAUGGCUCCUGUACUCCAUCCUCCACGGCUUAGUUCCUGUGGCCGUCAGCAGCAACGGGCUCUUCUGUGCCAUCGUGUUGCUCUUCCUCAUGCUCCUGUUUGUCAUCAUUUCCAUCGCGUCGUGCAAGUGGAAGAUGAACAAAGCACUGGGUUUUACCAUGUUCCUACUCUAUUUCAUCUUCCUGGUGAUCAGCGUCAUGCUGGAGGAUCGCGUCAUCGUCUGUCCUGUUUCCAUCUAA